GAGUACCCAUAGCUCGCUCCUUCAUCCCUCCGUCUCUCUCUCUCUCUCUCUCUCUCUCUCUCUCUCUCUCUCUCUCUCUCUCUCUCUUUGUGGGUAACGAACCCAUUCACGCACACAUUGUCCUUCCUCACAUUCGGGUUCUUCUGCGAGGUCGUCAUCCCAAUGGAUCGUCUGUCGAGUUCUGCGUUUUGGUGUUCGGGAAGAGGAGGAGGAGGAGGAGCAGAAGGUAGUCGCCUAUACGCCCUCUGCGUGCUUUAUUGCUUGUGGUUUUCUGUGGCGGGGGUCGCUGCCCAGACUGCCAGCGUUGUGAUUGUUCAUCCUCGUCCUGGUGAUCGCCCUCCUUCUCCGGUGUACUCUUCUAACCCCACCAAAGGUGUUCUGGAUUCUUCUCUUUACCAUCCUGCAGAUGCACAGUGUCUCAUGGCAGCAAUCAAGAAGUUUGCUACCGCCGUAAUCGUGCGCGAUCGGACGAAGGCUGCGACGCUGUUGCGACUCGUUUUCCACGACUGCAUGACGACGGGCGGCGGCUGCGAGGCGUCUAUUCUGAGCGAUCGCGAGAUCAACAAUAAAGUCAACGCCGACUUGAAGAGGGUUGUCCCCGACAUCCGCAGCAUUCGAGACAAGGCGGGAAGAGCAUGCGGCGUGCUUCCGACCUUGGCCGACACCAUAGCCAGAGCUGCCGCUGCCGCCGUCACCUUCACCGGCCUCAACGAUGUCGUUUCGGUUGGGUUCGACUUGGGACGACGGGACCUCGCUCGCAAUCAGCCUGGCAACGAACCGACUACUUUGCCGAACGAGAACCAGUCAUUGGACGCCAUUUUGUCAUUGUUUGCUACCUUCGGCUUAACCGACAAGGAGAGCACCGUGUGGUCCAUAGGCGGCCACAGYAUCGGGGUUGCCGAUUGCAUCCAUUUCAGCUCGAGAUUGAGCAAUGAGAGCWCUCGUCCGGGCUGCUUGCAUCCGGCGGAUCCGACGCUCGAUCCGGGUCUGGCUUGCAAAUUGGCGCGACACUGCCGCAUCAACAAGGACAUCCGCUUGCCCUUCGACUUUCGGACUCCUUUCUCUCUGGACACCAGCUACUUCCAGCUGCUGCUGAAGCACCAAGGGCUUCUGAGAACAGAUCAAGCAUUCGCUGUCCAUCCCCGAACGUCAGCUUUCAUAACUCAGUACGCCACUUCGCCUGGACUAUUCAGCGGAGACUUCCUCAAGGCGUUCGUCAAGGUAUCGCUCUUUAAUGUCAACAGCGCCCAGACUGCGCCGCCGACCAAGUAUUAUUACCCUUAACACUGUGCUCGAGCAACGACGGUAGUGCUUUUAAAUUAAUUUUGUUUGUCUGUUCCCUCCUAAUGUGGGUGGACUUCAGGUUAUUUACGCU